UGUACGCGUUAACUGCUGAGGCCACCCAAGCUAGUGUCGUUUUAUACCUGAACCCCCACUCCUUUACCACUAGGCCUUCAACCGACUGUGUACAGAUAUGUCCGAAGAUAUUACUGAAGAUGUCAAACCAAAGUUGAGCUUGGUCAUUAACUAUGAGGGUACCCAAAUCACUGUGAAGGUGAAGCACAACAUGCCGUUCAAGAAGAUAUUCGAUGCAGCAGAGAAACGGUUUGGAAAAGAACCAGGGACGUUUAAGUUCACCUACGAUGGCAAAAGAUUGCGGGCUGAAAACACACCUGUGGAUAUGGAAAUGGAAGAUGGUGAUAUCAUUGACGCUCACUUAGAGCAGCUGGGAGGUGGCGCAAUCAUAUGUUAGCUGCUGUACAUCCCGACUCGGAGGCUUCCACAGGCCAUGCAAUCGGAUAUUCUUUACUGUACUACGUCUUACUCUUACUAUCCAUCAUUCAUUCCGUUACCAUUUACUCGUCGCCAGAACGAUGUAACUAUAACUCAAAGGCUACUACUACUUGCUUGAGGAGAUCUCUCCUCCACCACGUGCAGGGGGUAAACAUCCUCUCUAAUCGGGUGCCUGACUGCUGCAUUCUUUAAAUCUUGCCAGG